AUGCAUAUCAUCAAAACCCUCUCUUCAUUCUUGGUCGCUUUGAUGCUUGUUAGUAUCGUCCCAGUUCAAUCUAUAAACAUUAAUAAAAUGCUUGACCUAUGCAAUGCUGAACGCAAGAAGGUUGGUGCACCUGCUCUUACCCAUAACGAUGCUCUUUGUAAAGUGGCUACAGAUCACAGUAAUUACAUGGCAAAGAAUAAUAUUCUUACUCAUGAUGAUCCUGCUGGAAGCUUGGGUCAAAGAUUUGAACAGCAUGGUUACUCUUAUACAUGUGCGGGUGAAAAUGUAGCAGAAGGCUACUCGGAUGAAGUAUCUGUUAUGCAAGGUUGGAUGAAUUCACCAGGUCACAGAGAUAACAUUCUCAAUCCAUCCUUCUUGGAUGCUGGUUUUGGUCAAUCCGGAAAGUAUUGGACACAAGAUUUUGGUGCUGGUGGUAGUGGAAGUAGCAAAGGAAAAGGCAACAACAAGCCUGCCCCACCUGCCUCAAAACCAAAACCUACUCUUAAAUCCGCUCCUAAAAUUAUCGCUAAACCACCAGUUAAACCACCAGUUAAAGUUAUUCAUGUUCAUGAUGCUCCCAAACCUGUUCCUGUUGUUAAACCCAAGACUUGUACUAAGAAGAAGAAUUAA